CUGAUAACUUCGUCCCCACGAGCGUAGCCUUCUUCAUCUCUCAGCCCGCACCUCCUAGGUUUCCGAUUGGAUUCCGGCGACGAUGGGUUCCGUCGAGCCGGGGCUCCGAUCUGCGGCGGCCGCGGCUCUCAAGUUCGCACCUUUGGCCCUCCGGUCGCCGUCGACGUCGUUCUGAAGCUCUGGGUUUUUCCCCGUUCGUGUCCCGAGGGUUUUGGGGUCUCCCCGUUCUUUGAGUACGAUGGUCGGCCGCACGCUUGUCCAGGUUUCGACCGGCCCGACGUUGUUGAAGCUGAAUGCCCUCCCCGCUCGCGCCUCUCCGAAUUGCUUGCCCUGCCUCCCCGCCGAACCCCAGAAGCGCCGGCGCCGGGUCCGGGCGGCGUCGUCUUCCGGCGACGCGGGGCGCGCGCAGCAGCCCCCGCCUUCUUCGCCGGAGCAGCAGAGGAGGAGCCCGAUCGCGGCCGUGCUGGACGUCCCUCGCACCAUCUGGCGGCAGACGCUGCGCCCGCUGAGCGAUUACGGGUUCGGCCGGAGAAGCGUCUGGGAAGGCGGGGUCGGGUUGUUCCUGGUGUCGGGCGCCGUGCUCUUGGCGCUGAGCUUGGCUUGGUUGAGGGCGUUCCAGAUGCGCUCCAAGUUUAGGAAGUACCUGGCCGUUUUCGAAUUCGGUCAGGCUGCGGGAAUCUGCACGGGAACGCCCGUGAGGAUAAGGGGCGCAACUGUUGGAGAAGUGAUCCGUGUCAACCCGUCAUUGAAAAGUAUUGAAGCAGUUGUUGAGGUUGAUGAUGAGAAGAAAAUCAUACCUCGAAAUGCUCUCGUAGAGGUGAACCAGUCUGGUCUUCUGAUGGAGACUUUGAUUGACAUUACCCCUCGAGAUCCCAUUCCGACACCAUCGGUAGGUCCUCUUCAUCCAGAAUGUGAUAAGGAGGGUCUCAUCAUUUGCGACAGGCAAAAGAUAAAGGGUUAUCAAGGUGUAAGUUUGGAUGCUUUAGUGGGGAUAUUCACCCGGCUUGGACGUGAAGUCGAGGAAAUCGGCAUUGCUAGAAGCUAUUCGCUUGCUGAACGAGUUUCCUCAGUUAUUGAAGAGGCAAAGCCACUUUUAGCCAAGAUAGAAGCCAUGGCCGAAGAUGUCCAGCCUUUACUCGCUGAGGUUCGUAAUAGCGGUUUGCUGAAGGAAGUGGAGAGUUUGACAAGAAACCUUACACAAGCCUCUGACGAUUUGAGAAGAGUGCACUCGUCUAUCAUGACUCCAGAGAACACUGAACUGAUUCAAAAAUCAAUCUACACUCUAAUUUUCACGUUGAAGAAUGUUGAGAGUAUAAGUUCUGAUAUAUUGGGAUUCACGGGCGACGAGGCUACAAGACGAAAUUUGAAAUUGCUUAUCAAGUCCCUCAGCAGGCUAUUGUGAAGACUUGCCUACGAGACAAAGUGAUAUUCUGAAGGUGGCAGGCCUCUUAGCAUAAUUUUCGGGUUCUGUUUCUGGUAAUUAGGUAGGUCAUGUGGCUGAAUCCUCUGUUUCUAAGGAUGGAUGGGAGGGAUGGGCCGAUUAUUAUUUUUCGGUGAUAGUUUGGGAGCACGAGCACAGUCUUAAGAAAAAUAGAGGCUUCUGCUGCAUUGAUUACCCUAUCAUGCUUUCUUUUGCUUUUUCAAGUUCAUUUUCCUCUAUGACUUACAAUUU